AUGGAAAUGUCGCAACAAGGAGGGGCGGAGGCCGAGAGCCUCCUGCGAGGGGAACGUAGCGCUGUAGUCAUGCCGGGAAGACGCUGGGAUGUAGAGGGUGAGAAGGCGCCUUUCCUAAGAAACGAACCCGUGAAAUUAACGCCGGCCUGGGAAGGCUCCAACCUACCUGAUGAUACGCUUAACUUGAAAGGUAUAGCAAUGGAUCUGGCGCCUCCAAAAGACAAAUGGAAGUUAAUAUACUUGACUCUGAUGCUGCACGGCUUGGGCACCCUCACAGCUUGGAAUAUGUUCAUAACAGCCAAAGAUUACUUCGUGAGCUACAAACUGGUGAAUGCUAAGGGCUACGCUGAUGAUUUCAUGCCGUACGUCGGCUGGGCCUGUCAGAUACCUAAUCUAUUCUUCAGCUGGUUCAAUAUAUUCGUUAAGAUUGGCGGCAACCUGACAACCCGUAUAGUAUGGUCCCUAUGUAUCGAGGUGAUGAUCUUCGUGUUCACCGUCAUACUCGCGAUGGUUGACAGCUCCCAAUGGCCGGAGGUGUUCUUCUGGCUGACCAUGAUAUCAGUUUUCUUCAUGAACGGUUUCAACGCGAUCUUCCAGAACUCAGUGUACGGUGUAGCAGCUCGCCUCCCUCCCCAGUACACGGGCGCGGUGGUUCUCGGCUCAAACAUAUGCGGUACACUAGUCGUGUUCCUCAACUGGGCGUCAGACGUGUUCACGGGCAGCUACAGAACAUCAGCUAUAUAUUACUUUAUAGCUGGCAUGUUCGUGCUGCUUGUAUGCUUCGAUACUUACUUCGCGCUGCCGCUCAAUCGUUUUUUCCGCUACCACGAGACUCUCCAAGAGCGCACGCUUCGUGUGAACCCAGCCUUAGCUGCUACAAACCAGGCGGGCGCGCCGGCCGCUCAGAGGACGCCCUACGGACUCAUCAUUAAACAGUCCCUCAUACAACUAUAUAAUAUAUUUAUUAUAUUUUUCGUAUCUCUAUCAAUUUUCCCAGCGGUACAUUCAGACAUCAGUCCCAUCACUAAAGGUUUCCUGGGAGCUAACUUUGUCCGUAUCACAUGUUUCUUGACAUUCAACUUCACAGCUAUGAUUGGUAACAUAACGGCCAGUUUGUGGCAAUUCCCCUCACCCCGUUGGUUGGUAGUCUUCACAUCACUACGAGUCCUUUUAAUACCAUUCUUUCUGCUCUGCAACUACUAUCCUAAAGGCAGGACUCGUACAUUACCUGUGUUGGUGAACAAUGACUGGGUGUACUGGCUCUUCUCAGUUAUACUCGGAUGGAGCUCGGGACAUGGGAGUUCGUUGGGUAUGAUGUAUGUCAGCGGUACCGUGGCUCCCGAGCAUGCUUCUACAGCGGGCAUGAUAGGUGGCGCCACAUUAGUCACUGGUAUAAUGGCAGGUAUAACCUUCUCCAAAUUCUGCCCAGCUCUCGUAUCACUGGCCGCGUGGAACAAUAUGUAG